AGCGCGGAUCUGGCAGUGCACCCUGCGGCUCUGGCUGGGCUCCGCACAGGAAGCGGGCCGCCAGGCACUUGCAGAGGAGGGCUGGGGCUCACGGAGGUGAUCCGGAAGAGGAGUGCUCCCAGACAAUGAACUUCCAGGUGACAGGCCUGGCCCUGGACAAAAUGAAGCUGGACAGUCCACAUUCCUUCCUGGACUCAGAGGAGGUGGAGGAGGCAGAGGACCAGCAGCUGCUGGAGCCAGAGGCUUGGAGGACGUACAUGGAGCGCCGCAAUGUGCUGCGUGAGUUCCUGACCACAGACCUGAGCCCCCAGUUGCUCAAGCGCCACCAUGCCCGCAUGCAGCUGCUCAAGAAGUGCUCCUACUACAUUGAGAUUCUCCCUAAGCACCUGGCCCUAGGUGACCAGAACCCACUGGUGCUACCUAACACCAUGUUCCAGCUCAUCGAUCCCUGGAAGUUUCAGCGCAUGAAGAAGGUGGGCACGGCACAGACCAAGAUCCAGCUCCUGCUGCUUGGGGACCUGCUGGAGCAGCUGGACCAUGGCCGGGCAGCACUGGAUGCCCUACUUGAGGCCCCUGACCCACGGCCCUUCCUGACAGGCUGGGGGCUUGUGGAACAGCAGUUGGCAGACCUGUCAGUUGUCAUGGACAACUUCUUGGCCAUGAUGGUACCAGGACACCUACAUGUCAAGCACCGCCUGGUAUCUGACAUUGGAGCCACCAAAAUCCCACACAUCCGGCUUAUGCUGAGCACAAAAAUGCCAGUUAUGUUCGACCGGAAGGAGUCAGUGGCCCAUCAGGACUGGGUCAGCCUGCGCUGGUUUGUAACCAUCCAGUCAGCAGCACCAGAGCAGUAUGAACUGCGCUUCAAGCUGUUGGACCCGAGGACACAACAGGAGUGCACACAGUGUGGCAUAGUCCCUGUGGCUGCCUGCACCUUUGAUGUCCACAACCUGUUGCCCAACCGUACCUACAAGUUCACUAUCAAGAGGGCAGAAAGCUACACCCUGGUGUAUGAGCCCUGGCGGGAUAGCCUCACCUUGCAGACCACGCCAGGACCCCUUGAAGGGCCUGCCCCCAGGCUGGGAGAGCCCCGGGCUGGACUCUGGAACAAGGGAGUGCUGGCCACCGGUACCUGGCUGCUUCAAGGGAACUCAGGCCUUCAGCCUCAGCACCUUAUGUAGUAGCCCUCAUCCCCACAGCCAGAACCAGAUUUCUUUCCCUGCCUCCUAGGUUGAGCUCUCCGAGGAAGAUGAUACUUUGGGCCCGUUUGGACACCACUGAGGGCAGUCAUAGCUUUAGUGUUAGCAUCCCAGCUGCCUUGGAGCAAGGAUGCCCAGGGCCAUGAUUUCUUUUAAAAUAAAGGUCUUACACUCUC